GACGUCAUUGUUUAUGUCUGGAGCCCGCAGAAGCAGAUGAGCCGGUACUAAGGGGCACAUUUGGGCAUCUGUGCUAUGGGAGCCCCCAAAUAUCCCAACACCCUUCAGCACUGCCAUGAAGAUGGGACAGCCUGAGCCAUAAUGCCAGGAGAAAUACCCAGCUAGGCCCACAAGUGUGUGACAGAGUGAGGGGUACACACAGUGUCAACCAUGCCUUGGCCCUUCUCAGAUUCCAUCAAGAAGAGGGCCUGCAGGUACCUGCUGCAGAGAUACCUGGGCCACUUCCUGCAGGAGAAGCUCAGCCUGGAGCAGCUCUCAUUGGACUUAUACCAGGGCACUGGCUCCCUGUCACAGGUGCCCCUUGAUAAAUGGAGCCUUAAUGAGCUAUUGGAGUCAGCAGAUGUACCACUGGAAGUUACAGAAGGCUUCAUACAGACCAUUUCUCUGUUCAUUCCGUGGGGCUCCUUAUUGUAUGAAAACUGUGCACUAGAGGUUAAAGGUUUAGAAAUGGUAUUCCGGCCCAGACCUAGGCCACGUUCUGGCUCUGAGCCAAUGUACUGGUCCAGUUUCAUGACCAGCAGUAUGCAACUUGCUAAGGAGUGUCUAAGCCACAAACUAACUGAUGAACAAGAAGCAUCACAGCCAUUUGAAGGUCUGGAAAAGUUUGCAGAAACAAUUGAAACUGUCUUAAGGCGGGUCAGAGUAACAUUUGUCGACACAGUGUUUCGAAUAGAAAACAUACCUGAAAAUUCCAAGACAGGAACAGCUCUUGAAAUUCGAAUCAGCAGAACUGUGUAUUCUGAUGAGACGGCGGAUGAAAACUCUGGCAUUAACGUCCACCAGCCCUCUGCAUUUGCUCAUAAAGUUCUGAAUCUCAGUGGAGUUUCUUUAUUUUGGGAUGAAUUUCCAGCCUCUGCAAAGUCCUCCCCUGUAUGUGAAACUUCACGUGUGGAAACUGAGCCAAAACUCUCUCCUAGCUGGAACCCCAAACCUGUGUUUGAACCGCAUCCUCAGUUUUCAAGAACUAUACCCGAGGUGGAACCCUCAGACCCUGUGCAAAUAGCGACCUUGGUUGGGAAAAUUGAGCUGGGACUAAUUCUUAAGCAGAAUGAUGUUCUUCCUGGAGCAAAGCUCGAUGUAGAUGGACACAUUGACUCCUUCCACUUUUUCCUCUCUCCCCGGCAAGUCCACCUGCUGCUGGAUUUGUUUGCAGCAAUAGCAGCGCCAGAAAGUGCGAGCAGAGUUACCAUGUCUGACAAAGAUCGAAAAAACCGCCCUAUGCAACAAGAAGAUGAGUUUCGCAUUCAGAUGGAGUUGAAGCGCUAUUUAAAAAAGGAGACCAUGUCUGGAGGACCAUCUGCUGAACAUAGUUUCUAUGAAACAGACACUGCAAAAACUCCUUCCAGUCAUGAUGAAGAAGUUUUCUUCUCAAUGGCAGAUAUGGACAUGUCUCACAGUCUCUCUUCUCUUCCCCCCCUUGGAGAUCCGCAGAGCGUGGAUUUAGACCUGUCUCUUACUAGCACCUACACCGAAUCUCCAGCAGGUUCUCCAGUGGGAUCUACUGGGCUGCUGCCGACUUGGGGUGAUUAUCAUGAUUCUGAACACUUAUCAAGAGGGGAACACUUAUCAAGAGGUGUACCAUUGAGAUCUUCCUUUGGUCAGCAGAGCACCAUACGGAGGACACAGCUGCCUUCGCGCUCCAUAUCUGUGGAUGAAUCCAGACCUGAACUGAUAUUCAGAAUGGUCUUGGGAUCUUUGUCAAUCUCUGUACUUCAUAUCGAUCCAUUGGCUCCAGCAGAAUCCACUUCAAGCCCCAACCCUCUCACUCGCAUGUCGUCCGAUUUCUUCAGUCACAUCAAAAAAGCUGAUCCACUAACGUUUGCAAAAGAUGACUUUGCCAGCUUCCGAAGUGUUUUUGCUCAAGCAUGUUCUCAUGACCACCUUAGAUUUGUGGGUAUGGGAAUUAAAGUUUCCCAUGAGCAACGUCAGAGGUCUAGCUUGCGUAGUUUCAACACUGAUGUGUGUAUUGGACAAACCGAACUUCUAGAGUGCCUUUUCCCUGGUGAUUCUAAGACCAUUCCACCACAAUUCACAGAGCUGCUAAAAUUUGAGAGUGAUAAAUCAACUGACUUGCCCUCCUCUCCAUCUGUUCAUCUUCAAUAUAAACAUUCAGAGACCAGAGGACCCCAGGGUAGUUCAGGAAGACUAAGCUCUGUUCCACAGAGAUCAGAACUCCAAGUGAAACUGGCACCUGCGUCCUGCGAGUUGGAUAUUAGCAUUGUAGACAGAUUAAACUCACUGCUUCAGGCUCAGAAACUGGGCCCUGUGGAAAUGAUGACAUCACACCUGUACACCUCUUACAACAAGCAUAUCAGUCUGCACAAGGCAUUUGCCGAAGUUUUUUUGGAUGAUUCUCGCUAUCCAGCCAGCACACGUCUGUCCAUUCUAAUCUCGGCACCUGCACUCAAUCUAGCUGUACGAUUCCCAAUUCCUGACCUCCGCUCAGACCAAGAGAGGGGCCCAUGGUUUAAAAAAUCUCUCCAGAAAGAAAUUCUGCACUUACAGGUCUCAGAUCUAGAGUUUAAAACUGAAAUCUUUGGCGGCUCUUCCCCAGAACAAAUUAAGCUGGAACUUAUCUUCAAAGAAUUGACAGGAGCCUUCCAGGAAGAUACUGAUGAAUCACCCAUCAGGUUCCUUCAAGUAUGCAGAGUCCAGGAUGGAGAUAUGAUGACAUCUGACAAUUUUGAUUGGCCAAGAAUUGUGCUUAAAAUCAAUCCCGUAACUGUGCACUCGAUCUUGGAGCGCAUUGCGCCCGAGGAGGAUGAUGAAGGUCAUUUUCAGGAAGAUGAAGAUGGUGCACCUCACUCCCUGAAAGAUGUCUGUGAUUUCAAACGCCCGGAGCCAUCCCCCUUUUCAUCUCGAAGAGUAAUGUUUGAAAAUGAGGAGAUGGUAAUGCCUGGAGAUGCCAUAGAAAUGACUGAGUUCCAAGAGAAAGCAAUCAGUAAUUCUCAUUAUAUAUUAGAGCUGACCCUGCCAACUGUGUACCUAAUGCUUCCCAACAAAUCCUUCUAUGAAAAACUCUAUAACAGAGUAAGCAAUGAUUUGUUGCUAUGGGAACCUACUGCUCCAUCUCCUGUGGAGACCUUUGAGAACCUGUCUUAUGGAAUCGGCCUUUCAGUCGCCAGCCAGCUAAUUAACACCUUCACAAAGGAUAGCAGUCACUUUAAAUCAGCAACUCAUUACGAUGAGGAUAGUGGCUCUGAGGAAGAGCCUUUGCACUUUGAUCACAUUCUGGAUUCAAACUACCACUGUCGAAGAAAGAAAAAAAUGGACUCUCAGAACAAACCAUCUCAGAGCUUCCUGUCUGUCCUCAUCAAUGUCAAUCGUGGCCUGGCCUCUUUGUUCACAGAUGUCAAGCACGUCGAUGGAAAAAUUAUGGAAGAUAAACAUGGUGAAUUCUGGCUUGAAUUUCGCAGUGGUUCAUUGUUUAGUGUUACUAAAUAUGAAGGCUUUGAAGAUAAAAGCUACAUCUGUCUUCAUGCAAACAGUUUGAGCUUGUACCAUCAAGGGAUGCUGGAUGGUGUUGUGUCACCAAGUGAUCUUCGGUUGCCCAGUGUGAUCCGUCCCCUCUGGUUAGAGCCAACCAUCUACUCCUCUGAAGAAGAUGGGAUUGCCAGUCGUAAUGCCACUAAUGGAGUUGGAGUGGACACUCUGAGCAUGCUGACUGUAGCAGUUAAAAUCCAGUCCGAUAAAGCUGAAAGUAACACAAAGGAAUUUCUUGUUGCAGUGGGAUUGCGUGGUGCCACUCUCCAGCACCGUGUCCUGCCAUCCGCUCUCACUUGGCAUGAGCAGAUUUUACAGUUUCUGAAUAUUUUGGAUGAGCCAGUUUUAGGGUACAAUCCACCAGCCUCUAUAACAACCUUUCACGUUCACCUAUGGAAUUGUGCUCUGGAUUACAGGCCUCUAUUUUUACCCACCAGGGCUCUGUUGACUGUAGAAACUUUCAGUAUUUCUUGCAGCGUUGCACUGGACAAGUCUUCUACUAGCCUCAGGAUAAUUUUGGAUGAAGCCACUCUGCAUUUAUCGGAUAAGUGUAAUGCCAUAGCUGUAAAUCUAAGCCGAGAUUAUGUUCGAGUUGUGGACAUGGGACUUUUAGAGCUGACUAUACAAGCUGUAAAAAUUGGAGAAAAGUAUAAACCACGUUUUCAGAUGCAUUGUUCUAGUGAUGUGAUACAUAUUCGCACAUGUUCCGAUUCGUGCGCUGCCUUAAUGAACCUAAUCCAAUACAUUGCCAGCUAUGGUGAUCUAAACCCACCGAACAGGACAGAAACGUCUUCUGGGGUGCACAAAAAAAGUAAAAAGACUGAUAAACGUGAUGGGUCCAGUUCUCAAGGUUCUGUGCUGGCUGAUGCAGAACAGCAAAUAUUAAGUGACUUAAUGAGUGAUGCUAUGGAAGAUACAGACAUGCAGCAGGCUGGCUCUCCUAUGAACCUUCAAAUGAAUGGAAUUUCUGGGAUUAAAUCCGAAUCUUUAGAGCAGCCGUGCUCAGAUCUCUUCCUGUUUCCCGAUGAAAGCAGCACCAUGUCUGAAGAAUCCAGUCCUGCAUUUUCUGCCGCAACUCCACAUCUUCUAAGUGAAGCGAUAAUGGAUGCUCAUUCAGAAAGUGAUGACUUCUGUAUUCUUUAUGCACCUAAAGCAGCUGUUUUGAAAAAAGAUGAAGAGCCAUCUGUGAGGAAGUUGGUUGAAGAUAUAAUAUUAAUAAAAGAGAACCACUUCAGCUUCCCUACACAGAAGAUGGACAACAGUAAAGCCCCAGUCAAUUUUCCAAUACCCGUCGUCCGUUAUGUGGUUAAGGAGAUCUCAUUGGUUUGGCAUCUUUACGGGGGCAAAGAUUUUGGCCAUGGUUUUACUCCUGCUUCACCGGCCAAAAAUUACAUGAGUCCCCACAGUUCACCAUCUAGCACCCCCACACGGCGUGGAAGUUCCUUAGUACGCGGGGGCCGUGGAAGGAAUCAUGAUCUUUUGAUGGAAAUACAGCUUACCAAGGUAAAGUUCCAGCAUGAAGUUUAUCCCCCAGGAGGAGCCUCUCACGAAUCUCAUGUGGCAGAACAGCUAGUAUCACGGCAAGUGUUCAUAGUGCAGGAUCUGGAGAUCCGUGAUCGCCUGGCUUCCUCUCAAAUGAAUAAAUUCUUGCAUCUUUACAGUAGCAAGGAAAUGCCCCGAAAAGCUCACUCAAACAUGCUAACUAUCAAAGCCUUACAUGUGCGUCCAGAAUCUUCACAUUCGCCACAAGAAUGUUGUCUGAGAGUAACGCUGAUGCCACUGCGCCUCAAUAUUGACCAGGAUGCCUUGUUUUUCCUGAAGGAUUUCUUUACAAGCCUUUCUGCAGAAGUUGAGAUGUUGGUUACGCCAGACCCUGAAGUAAAAAGAUCCCCAGGCUCCGAUGUGACUUGCAGCUUGCCAAAACAUCUUAGCUCUCAAGAACCCAAUCCCGUUAUUUCAUUUCUGGGUCAACCUCAGUGGGAUAACCAUGACCAGAUCAGUUUUUCAAACAAGGUGCAUGGUGAUGAGGCAGAAAUUCAAGAAGAGGUUGGGUCAUAUAGUGAUGAGCCAAUAUUUUUCCGUGAAUUUCGGUUUACUGCUGAAGUUCCAAUAAGGCUGGAUUAUCAUGGAAAACAUGUAUCGAUGGAUCAGGGGACAUUUACUGGAAUUCUCAUUGGUCUUGCUCAACUGAACAGCUCCGAGCUAAAACUGAAGAGGCUCUGCUAUCGGCAUGGGUUAUUAGGAGUGGAUAAGCUAUUCUCUUAUGCUAUUAACGAAUGGCUAACUGAUGUCAAAAAGAACCAACUGCCAGGAAUUUUGGGAGGAGUGGGGCCAAUUCAUUCAGUGGUCCAGCUUGUUCAGGGUCUGAAGGAUUUGGUGUGGCUACCGAUAGAACAGUAUCGAAAAGAUGGGCGCAUCGUAAGGGGCUUUCAAAGAGGGGCUGCAUCGUUUGGCACAUCCACUGCCAUGGCUGCUCUGGAGCUGACCAAUCGAAUUGUCCAAACCAUCCAGGCUGCUGCGGAAACAGCUUAUGACAUGGUGUCCCCUGGCCUAAGUCCUGUGGAGUUGAAAAAAUCAAAUAGAUUUUCACAUCACAGAAUGUUGCAUCAACCAGUAGAUCUAAGGGAAGGUGUGGCUAAAGCUUACACUGUUGUAAAAGAGGGGAUAACAGACACAGCUCAGGCAAUCUACGAGACGGCUGCUCGGGAACAUGAGAACAGAGGCUUAACUGGAGCAGUUGGAGGAGUCCUCAGACAGAUCCCACCUGCAGUGGUAAAACCUUUAAUAGUUGCAACAGAAGCAACGUCAAAUGUACUUGGUGGAAUGCGGAAUCAGAUCAGGCCUGAUGUGUGGGAGGAAGAGUCUCAGAAAUGGCGUUUAGAAGAAGGUUAGGAUGCCAAGUACAGUGUUUAAAGGGACCUCCAUCGAGGAUCAUUGUCUUUGCAGCAAUUUGAAGCAGCUAUCCUGGAUAGGUUUCAGGGUCUUUCUACGAAAGUGGCUCAGGAAUUCUAGACAUUCUUAGCAACAGAAGUCAAGAAAACACUUUAAACACUACAUUUUGAAGCUUCCUGGUACUCGACAUUAAUAGACUUCUGGACAAAUGAAUUCUAGAUAGAAAUAAGAACUAGGGCAUCCUAUUUCCUGUUACUCGACAUCUCCCUGCUUUGGCUGCUGUUCUUCUGGAUUCCUUCCUAAGUGGUGAUGUUUUUUUUUUACUUACAGGAUAUCCUGACCAUGGUUUAAAAAAAGCUCCUUUGAACUUUUUCUGUGAUUUGGCUUCAAACACGUGGAAAAUAUGCCUGUUUCCACAGUUACAUGUAGUCAAUAUACAAAGCUUACAGAAUUUGUACCUUUCUGUUUUUGUAGGUUUAUUUGUUUGUUUGUUUGUUUGUUUGUUUUUCAUUUUGCAUCACUGCUAUUUGUUGAAAAAUCAGCCGUUCUAUGUUGUCCGUAAUUAGGCGGCUGAAUCCUGCAAGCAAGGAUCUUGUCUUUCAUUUAGUCUGUAAAUUGUACAUGUUUAAAGUGUGAAUAAACCUCUUGUGUUCUGGUGA